UAAGUUAGAGGAAAUCGGCUAGUUGUCGCCACUAAUCAGGGCUGGAAAGUGUUGAGACGCUUCUGGCUAGAUGAACACUUGAAGUCAUCUCUCCUCUCUCGGAUUGCGAUGUUUAGCCUGAUGGCGAACUGCUGUAACUGGCUGAAACGCUGGCGAGAGCCUGCAAGGAAAGUGACUCUGGUGAUGGUGGGACUGGAUAACGCAGGGAAGACCGCCACAGUACGAGGAAUCCAAGGAGAUAAUCCCCAGGACGUGGCCCCAACAGUCGGUUUUUCCAAAGUCGACCUGAAGCAGGGCAAGUUCGAGGUGACCAUCUUCGACCUAGGCGGUGGGAAGAGAAUCCGCGGCAUCUGGAAGAACUACUACUCGGAGUCGCACGGCGUGGUGUUUGUGGUGGACUCCAGCGACGUGCAGCGGAUCCAGGAGACACGGGAGACAAUGGCCGAGGUCCUCCAGCACCCGCGCAUCGCUGGCAAACCAGUACUAGUGCUCGCCAACAAACAAGACCAAGAGGGAGCGCUGGCUGAAGCAGACAUCAUCGAGAACCUGUCGUUAGAGAAGCUUGUUAACGAGAACAAGUGUCUCUGUCAGAUCGAGCCGUGCUCUGCAGUGCUAGGCUACGGCAAGAAGGUCGACAAGUCCAUCAAGAAGGGCCUGAACUGGCUCCUCAGCAACAUUGCCAAAGACUACGAGGCCAUUACCGAGCGCGUGCAGAAGGACACGGCCGAGCAGCAGGCUCAGGAGGAGCAAGACAAGAAGGAGAGGGCAGAGAGGGUGCGGCGGAUACGAGAGGAGAGAGAGAGGCAGGAGCGGGAAGAGGCAGAACAGGAGGGCAGGCAGAUCCAGGAAGAGGAGCCCGACGACGAGAACAUGCCCAGCCCCUUCCAGCCAAUCGGAAACGUCGUAUCCGAGAACGAGGAUAAAGAAAAGGAGAGAAAGAGGCAAAAAGAGCCGCAGGAGGACCGGACCAACAGUUUGAAGGCUGAUGCUGAUCAAGAGGAAGAGGACUACGAGGAGGAGGACAACGACGAGCCAGAUGACACGAGACAAACGCCAGAGAAUGCCAGCUCAGGCACAACAGGCGAGCAAAGCAAGAAGAAGACGAGGAAGCUGCACCUGAAGAGGAAGCACCGGGUGGACCCGCUGAGGACAGAGGACGCGCCAGCAGAGAGCCCCACCCCUCCUCCCCCUCCAGUCGGAUGGGCCACACCCAAAGCUUCUAGGCUGCCAAAACUCGAGCCACUCGGGGACUCGAAACAUUCUGACUUUUACAAGAAGCCGCUGCCGCCUGUCGCGAAUAGGCCGCGGCCUAACGGCGACACUCACAACAUCAUUCUUUAACCUCAUUUACUGAUUGAGGUCCUUCAAUCACGGCUUUCCCCUUUUUUUUGCUUUCUGUCUCAAGCGAGCGGUGUGUAGACAACCAAACACACACAAAGACACCGCAGCGGAGACGGGGGAUACGGCAGCCCGCGAGCGUGACAGAGGAGCAACAUGGGAAACGAAGUCCUUGCUCAGAGGCCGUAAUAUUGUACGGUUUCACAGACUGACACAGUUCAGUGUGAAACAUGGAGCCUGCCUGAACAGUCUGUCAGGUUCUGUCUUCACUUCACAAAAAAAAAGCACAUUUAGUGCUGAACUCUUUCUGCUACUAUAGGCUGAAACUUUGUGUUUUUUUGUUGUUGUUUUUUGGUUAAUAUCAGUGUUAGUCAAUUGUGUCCACCUGCUUUUAACUGACAACGAAUGUAAAUAUGUCCAGUAUAUAAUAACCUCAAAGAUGUGUAUGUUUCUGAAUAAUGGAUCUGUACACACACCGCCAUUAAAAUGACACUUGUAUUUUCACAUUUGCUUUUGCACCUUCAGUUUUGUAGUGUAAACAAAGGUGUAAAGCAGACAAAUAUGAUUUAUCAGGAUAUGGAUGAAGAGGUAGAGGAUUUAAGUGGCUUUUCACAGAUGAGUGCUUUAAAUUUGAUCGUUUUUUGUGUGUAUGUGUGUGUGGUUUUUUAAAAGUGGAAAGCAGUUUUCCAGGUUUUUUUUUUUUUUUUUUUUUACAACAGCGUUGAGUCAUUCCUUGAAUUGUCCUCUAAGGUGAAACAGGUGAAGUGUGGGCGCACAUGAAAAACACUACAUCAUGGUUGUUAAUUGGUCAAUUUUACUAAUGCUAUGUCUUGACAUUUCACUUAUAUACCGUAAAGGUUUUAUGGCCAUGAAAAAAGAAAAAAAAAACUUUUUAAAGCUGUAAUAGGGAACAAUGUGUGGCCUUUGUCACACAGCGUCAUAAAGGAUCUUUAUUUAUUGUUUUAAAAUGUAAACAUAUGAGAAUCUAUUUGUCUUUAUUUGUCUACAGGGCUACAUAUUUUGUACAUGUUCAGCUGUUUACACUGUGCAUCUGUUUUUAAAGUGAUAUUUCUCUGGAGGCGACAAUCAGCCUCAGACUUGCUGCCUCUCAGGUGGCCCUGAGGUGUGCCAGCACUGUUGUUGUUCUAGCUCUCCUGGCUCAUCUUCUGCAACCAUUCCCCACUUUGGAAAUAGCUGAAAUUGCAUCUCAAAAAGCACAAACACAAACAACAACUUGGAACCACUCCAUUGCCCCAGUUAAGUUUCUUUUUUUUGGUGUGCGUUAGAAGAGUCCGCAGUGGGAUGAUGAGGGAGGAGACAGUAUCACUACACCUGGAACAGCCCAUAUUGGGUCAGAGCACAUGAGAAUGAUGUGUCGCAAAAGUCAAAAAGUGAAAUAUCACUUUAAAACUGCAUUACUGUAUCUCAAAUAUAUAGUACAACACUCACUCUCUUGUUAAUGAGCUAGAUGUUUAAGAAAAAUAUUUUUUCUACGCAGUUUGAAUUUUAUAACCGCACAAUUAAA